GAUCUCUUUGCACAUUCUUAAAAAUAGCCACACAUGUGUAGACCAGCUACUUGCCUAGUAGCUACAUGCCUAGCGGAUGAUUAAACACAGACAGAUCCGAAAAUAGUUCAUUUUCAAUGUAGAUUCUCUUUUAACAAGUUGUAUGUGGAAUAUUCGUAGUUUGACUAAGCUUUAAAAUAUAUGAUAAAAUGCCCAGUGUCUAGUGCAAAUGAGAUUUGAUAUAUUAUUUUAGCAAUUUUUUUUUCAUUUGAAUGGUGCAAUUUUUUUUCUAUUAAAAAUGUUAAUUUGGUUUAAUCAUCAUACAUCGAAAUCAACUGAAGACAUUUAACCAGCUUUAAAAGAAAUCAAUACAGUGACAGGUUUGCUAGUGUCGUAAAAAAAUUUUCAGCGAAAAAAAAAAUCCGAAGAGCAGUGUAGAAAGUAGUGAGUAGUGGCUCUAUGUAAAUUGUUCAGUGACUUCUUUGGAAAUUGUGGAAAUUAUGUAAAUAAUUCUAUACGACCUAACUCAUAAACACGGAACUGAAUAUCAAUAAAGUGUUUUCUGUUCAAUUGAACACGGCAAUUGAUCAUAUGCAUUUAUAAGAACGACAAAAAUGAAGCUGCUCAUCGUUUUGUAUGUGUUAUUUCACAUAACCUCAUUCAAUAGUGUAUUUACGGCUCCAGAUGAAAAUGAUCAAUCGGAAAAGAACUCUCCAUUACACGAAGCGGUGAUUGACGAUAAUUUUGUGAAUGUAAAAAAGUUGCUAAACAAAGGUGCGGAUAAGAAUGCAAAGAACUACUUUGGAAGGACACCGUUACAUUUGGCGUGCAAGAGAGGUUUUGAGAACAUCAUCAAAUUGCUCAUCGAGAAUCAUGCAGAAAUCGAUGUCAGGGAUAAUUAUUGGUUACUUCCAAUUCACUUUGCCGCACAAAAUGGACAUUUCGACAUUUUCAAACUACUGAUUCAAGAGUACGAGAACAAGAAUAUUGAUUUCACAAAUGCCACAGACAUAAUGGGAAUGAGUUUGCUCCACUACGCGGCGAUGAAUCGAAAGCCAAAGAAUACCGAAAUGAUCGAAAUGUUGUUACAAAAAGGUGCCAACGUCAAUGCGAUAGCAAGUGAUAACACAACACCACUUGAUUAUGCUGCUAGCACAGGUAAUAUGGAGAUGGUUCGAUUGUUGCUUGAUGCUGGAGCUGCUGCUAAUGUGAAUUUCAAAGAUUCGGCUGGAGAUACUCCAAUCAUAUAUGCUGCAUAUGGGCCAGGCGGAGAUCGCCAAAGAGUUUUUCAAAUUUUAAUAAAGAACAAUGCCGAUGUCAAUACCGUAAAUAACCUUGGUGAAACACCUCUAUUUUUCGUUGCUCGUUUUGGCGGUGAUGAUGAUAAGCUGGCUGAUUUCCUAAUUAAAAAAGGUGCUCGCGUUAACCAUAGCAAUAAUAAGGGUGAAACACCACUCCAUUAUGCCGCUAAGUUAGGCCAUAAAAAGCUCGGCGAGUGUUUUAUUAAAAAUAUUGCCAAUAAAGAUGCAACCAAUAAUGAAAAUCAAACGCCGCUCCAUUACGCAGUCAAAUAUGGUCAGAUUGAAUUUGCGGAAAUGCUCAUCAAUAAUGGUGCUAAAGUCGAUGUAGCGGAUGAAAAUCGAAACACACCUCUACACCUCGCAGUUGGAGAAGCUCUAGGGCAUGAGAAAAUCCUCGAAUUGUUGAGCAAAGGUGAUUUUAACAUGAAUAAUUUCAAAAGAGAUGGAAAGUCGCUGCUUCACAUAUGCAUCGAAAGAGGAGGCGACAUGAAAACGUUCAAGUGGUUGCUAAACAAAGGUGCUGAUAUACAUGUGACAGACAGGGACGGUUGGUCACUUCUGCACUCAGCUGCUCGAUAUGGUCGCGUCGACAUUGUGGAAUGGAUAAUCGCGCACCAUUCGAUUGAUGAAAUCAUUAAUAAACAAGACAACUAUGGGAAUUCGCCACUUCACUUUUCAAUUGAAGGAGGUUACUACGAUCUCACCAAGAUUCUACUCAAUAAUGGGGCCGAUGUCAAUGCUAUGAACCGUGAAUUCGAAUUUCCUAUUCAUGUUGCCGCACAUAAAGGACAUGAGGACAUUGUAAAACUCCUAAUUGAUUACGAUUCAACGGUAAACGUGAGAAAUCGAAUUGAUUGGACGCCGCUCUUUUUUGCGGUUUUAAAUGGUAAUGAAAGAGUUGUCAAAAUCUUCAUCAAUCAUAAAGAUGAAGAUUUUAGUCUCAAUGACAUGGAUGCAGAAGGCAAAACCGUUUUUCAUAUAUGCGCCGAAAAAGGUUCGGUGAAUGUUGCAAAAAUACUGUAUUCUCAUGGCGCAAAUAUUAGUGCCGUUGAUCAACUUGGUCAUACACCUUUGCAUAGAGCUGCCGCAUUCGGUAAUUCUGAAUUUGCUGAAUGGUUAAUUAAUACGCAAUCAAAUGGUGAUAAUCUAGCUGACGAUGUUGUAAAUGUGGUCGGUAAAGAUGGAAAAUCACCCCUUCAUUUGGCUGCUGAGAGAGGAUACGAUUCGGUUGUCAGAACUUUGUUAACCAAAAAUGCCGACAUAAAUUUACAAGAUCAGUCCCUUGACACACCACUCUCGCUGGCUAUUCAGAAUGGUCAUCGAAAUACUGCAAAAAUCCUGCUCAAGCACUCAAACAAUCCAAAUGUUAAAUAUGACGGCAACAGAGAAUUACUUCUGUUGGCUGCCGAAAGAGGUUACGAUGAUAUUGUUGAAAUGCUGAUAAGUAAAAAUGCAAGAGUCAAAACUGAGGAUGAAAACAGAUGGACGCCGUUACAUUUUGCAGCCAAGAAUGGUCACGCAAAUAUUGCAAAAGAGCUACUGAGUCAUGGUGCUGAAAUCAAUGCCAAAGCCAACAACAAUCAAACAGCUCUCUCAUUAGCUAUUCAAAAUGGCAAUUAUGACGUUGUUGAGGAACUUCUUAAAAGCAAUGCUGACGUGAGUAUUCAAGAUGAAAACGAAAAAACGCUACUGGACCUAGCAAUGCAACAAAAUGACUACAAGACUGUUGAUCUUUUGACCAAAUCCGACAAACAGAGAAAAGAACAAGCGCGAAUUUUCCACAUUUUCAUAUUGGUGAUUUUCUUGUUGAUAAUUCCAUUGGUAUGUUUUAUCGCGUUGUUCUUCCAUAAACUAUUCCAAAAAGAAGCCAAAGAUAACGAAGCUGGUUUGAAAUUGAGCGAUUUGCUGGAAAGGUACAUGUUCCCACAAAGUAAAGUGAUGUUAAGCUCGCGGAUUGGCAAAAGUGUGUAUGGAACUGUUUACAAAGGCUACGCACAUAAAAUUCUAACGCAUGAAAAUGAAACGCUAGUCGCCAUUAAAGUGGUCAAAGGAACCGGUGAAGAUGCUAAUAGUCUUUAUGAGACACAAAAGUUGUUACAAUCGUUGGGAUCCGAAAUGAAGGUGUUGAUGCAAUGCGGUGGACAUUUGAAUCUGGUCAACUUGCUCGGAAUUGUCACCGAAAAUAUUGCCAACCAUGAACUAAUGGUGAUUGUUGAAUAUUGUCGAUUCGGCAAUUUAAAAGACGUCCUGGAGAAGCACCACAAAAAUGUAAAAAAUCAAACAACUGACAACAGUAAUUGUCAAGUGACAAUGACAAAGAGUAGGAAUACCGCAUUUGCUUCAGCCCGUGCGGUGUCGCGAAACGAUUUAGCUUCUUGGUCAUAUCAAAUUGCUCAGGGAAUGCAAUUCUUAGCCAGACACGGUAUUGUGCAUGGAAACUUAGCCGCACGUUCUAUUUUACUCACGGAUGGAAAUAUUGUGAAAAUCAGUGAUUUUGGUUUAGCACGAGCCAUGUAUAAAACGGAAGCGUACAUUUUUGAAAAGGAGGGCAAACUUGAAUACAAAUGGCUAGCCGUCGAAUCCAUGCAGAAUCGGGUAUUAACUUCGAAAUCAGACGUCUGGAUGUUUGGAAUUCUAUUGUACGAACUGUUCUCAUUCGGUGAAACACCCUAUCGAGACACCGAAAUUUUCCAGGUAAAACGACACGUCCUCAGUGGACGUACUAUGGAAAGACCACCGUAUGCUAACGAAAAUGUGUAUGAAAUAAUGCAACAUUGUUGGCGCCCUAAUCCUGAAGCUCGUCCCACAUUUGAUUCUUUGGAGAAAUGGUUGUAUCAAUUACUUUAAAAUUGUAAAUUUUUUCAUACUCCAUUCUUAACGGAAAAGACAUGAAUGUCGUAUUUUGACGGUAUUACCAAGACAGAAGAUCCAAAAUACCUCGGUCAAUGAACUGUAUAUGAAACUAAACGAUAAACGAACGUAUCAAAAAUCAAUGGAUUUUCAUUUUUUUUUAAAUACUGAUGAACAAGGCGAGAUCCACGCAAAAUGGUUUGUACCAGAAAAACUCAUCAAAAUUCCAGUCGCUGACAUUUAGAUAAUAAACUUCAUUUUGAAUAUAUAUCACCGAUCAGAAUUUUGAACUAUUUUUCUGACACAAACCAUCUUACGAGAAUCUCAUUCUGUUUAUCAGUCUUCAUAUUUAUUUAAUAUAAAUCAUAACAAUGUAAUCUAAUAAUUUGAAUAAAGCUUAAAAUUUGACUUCGUAAAACCCACUCAAUAAAAA